GAUCCCUCUGACAAGAUGGCGGCGCGGUCUAGCCGCUGAGAGGAGCGGCAGGUGGAAGGCGGUUCGGAAGGAGCGCGGAGCCCCCUCGGUCUGCGGGGAGUCCCUGGGCGGCGGGCGGCGAGUGUGUGUGGCGGGAAGGGGGGAUGCAGCCCGGAAGAGACCCCCCGCCGCGGCUGUGAGCUCGUCGAGCCCCCCGCAGCUGCGACUGCGGCGCCGCUUCUCCCCGCCGGGGCCCCCCAGCGCCCGGGGCCGCCGCUGGCGAUGACCGGAGAGAAGCUGCGCUCGCUGCGCAGGGACCACAAGCCCAACAAGGAGGACGGGGACCUGCUGGCGCCUGGAGAGGAAGAGGCGGCAGCCGCGCCAGGCAGCGGCGGCGGGGGAGCCUUCACCGGGGGCCGGCCGGGGGGCGGCAAAAGCGGCCGCGCCGGGAGCCACCGCAUCUUCACUACCAACCACCACCGCCUGCCGCUCAAGGGGGGAACCGGCGGGUCGGCCGCCGCCGAACCGGACAAGGGCCCGUCGGCGCAGUUCCCCGUGCACGAGUGCGUCUUCAAGGGGGACGUCAGGCGGCUGUCGGCUCUGAUCCGCACUCAGGGCAUCAGCCAGAAGGACAGCCACGGAAACACUCCUUUACAUCUUGCUGUGAUGCUGGGGCAUAAAGAAUGUGCCCACCUGCUUUUGGCCCACAAUGCUCCUGUGAAAGUGAAAAAUGCUCAGGGAUGGAGUCCUCUCGCAGAAGCCAUCAGCUAUGGAGAUAGACAAAUGAUUACAGCACUUCUAAGGAAACUGAAACAACAGUCUAGGGAAAGUGUUGAGGAAAAGCGACCUCGGUUAUUAAAAGCUCUGAAAGAGCUAGGUGACUUCUAUCUUGAACUUCACUGGGAUUUUCAAAGUUGGGUGCCUUUACUUUCCCGAAUCCUGCCUUCUGAUGCAUGUAAAAUAUACAAACAAGGUAUAAAUAUCAGGCUUGACACAACACUCAUAGAUUUUACUGACAUGAAGUGCCAACGAGGGGACUUGAGCUUCAUUUUCAACGGUGAUGCUGCACCCUCUGAAUCCUUUGUAGUUUUAGACAAUGAACAAAAAGUUUACCAGCGAAUACAUCACGAGGAAUCUGAGAUGGAAACAGAGGAGGAAGUUGACAUUUUGAUGAGCAGUGAUAUUUAUUCAGCAACAUUAUCAACCAAAUCAAUCACCUUCACACGUGCCCAAACAGGAUGGCUUUUUCGAGAAGAUAAAACAGAAAGGGUAGGAAACUUUUUGGCAGACUUCUACCUGGUUAAUGGACUUGUCUUAGAAUCAAGGAAAAGACGGGAACAUCUCAGUGAGGAAGAUAUUCUUCGAAACAAGGCUAUUAUGGAAAGCUUGAGUAAAGGUGGAAAUUUGAUGGAACAAAAUUUUGAGCCUGUCAGGAGGCAGUCUCUUACUCCACCUCCACCAAACACAAUUACAUGGGAGGAGUACAUAUCUGCUGAAAAUGGAAAAGCACCUCAUUUGGGUAGGGAACUGGUCUGCAAAGAAAGCAAGAAAACAUUUAAAGCCACAAUAGCCAUGAGCCAAGAAUUUCCUCUAGGAAUUGAAUCGUUAUUGAAUGUUUUAGAAGUAAUUGCACCCUUCAAGCACUUUAACAAACUGCGGGAGUUUGUGCAGAUGAAACUACCACCAGGUUUUCCUGUAAAGUUAGAUAUACCUGUAUUUCCAACCAUCACAGCCACUGUGACUUUUCAGGAGUUUCGCUAUGAUGAGUUUGAUGAAUCAAUCUUCACAAUUCCUGAUGACUACAAGGAGGACCCUAGCCGCUUUCCUGAUCUCUACUUAACUGGAAAGUUAGCAGUAAAUAAAAAGAAAAUAACAGCAUGCCACAGGGAGACAGGAGAGAGAGGAUGCAGAUAGCCCACAGACAUCUGUCUAAAGUGGGUUGAAGUACGAAGGGACAGAACUCGCUAAAAUGAAUCCAGAAAGGGACCACACCGUGAAUCUCAAUCAAUAGCAAGCAUCCAUCUAGUGUCUAAAUGAAAGCUGGUCUCCUGCUGUGUCACAUGCAUUUAUACAUCCAGACCUGCAAGCAUGAUAGCCUGGCACCUCAGUAAGUUCCCCCUGCCCCCCCC